AUGAUGAUUCCCAAGACGCUUGUUAUCCUUGCCACGGCUCUGUCCGCCACCGCAACUCAUGUCCACAACCAGUUUGGCAAGAAUGGCUGGAUUCAGGAUGAUCAAGGUUCUGAGAUUCAACUGAACAACGGAGGUUCCGUCACCGUUGGAGGUGGAUGGGGAUUUUUCUGGGUUGCUUCCUCCGUGUGUAGCAAGAACUCCGUUGCUUAUACCUGGCCAUCCAGCUAUGGAGGUAUGCUAUCAAGCUAA